AGCCGCGGCUCGAGCUGUGGCCGCCCCCUCCCGCCCGACCGCGCCGGCAGGCCCGCGCGCGAGAUGGCGCUCACCGCAGCGCACGCGGAGGGCCGCGAGAGGUCGUCGGCGUCCAAGCGCCCCGCGCCAGGGGGCGACGCCACGGGCCAGGCUGCGAAGCAGAGUUUCCGUUGCGUGCUCUUCUGGCCUCCCGUGUACCACUGGCCGUGACGUGCACAAGGCCGCCAUCAAGACCGUGGUCGGGGAGUACAUCGAGAGGGGUGUCAGCCACGGGCGGAAGGUCUACCAGAAGGUCCAGGACAGGGACAGCAAAAGUUUCGUUGACGUCCUCAUCUAUCGAGUUGGCUGCGGCAAGGACGGCGAGAGCAACGAGGGCUGGUGGAUCGGGAACAAGCUCGGCGGCUCGCAGGUGUGGUCGCACUGCAAGGAGUCGGGCCCGGGCGAGUCGCCCCCGGAGCAGGGGUGGAGGAUGCCGUGGGACGGCGGCGUGUCCAAGACCCUGCACGUCGCGAACAAGAGGGCCAAGGAGAGGGCCGACGCGGAGGCCGCGUUCCACAGGCUCAGCCAGGAGACCGCCAGGCUGGAGUACGAGAUCGGGGAGGGCGUGGCGCUGGCCGGGGCCGCGGCCGCCGGGGAGGAGGGCGCCCCUGCGGGCGCCCAGGCGCUUGCGGCGGCGGCGGCCGACCUGGAGAGGCACCGCGCCGCGGCGCGGGACCUGCUCUGCGAGGCCGAGCGGGCCGCCGAGGCCGAGCCCUCGGCGCUGUCCGAGGCGCUGAGGGACCUGGUGGGCAGGCUGCAGGCCACGGCUGGCAGCGUGGCGCAGGCGCUGGAGGCGCUGCACGCCGCCCGGGAGGCCGCGGAGGACGAGGAGAGGCAGCGCGAGGCCGAGAGCCAGGACCAGCAGGUGGUGGACGCCAUCCUGGUGGAGGCGUCAGAGCUGACCAGCAGAGCCGAGGACGACAUGGUCGAGAAGGCCGAGAUCACGUGGGACAUGAUCAGCAGCUGUGGCGACGACGAGGACGUCAUCCGACAGGCGGUGCAGGACACCACGGCCUCCGCGGGCGAGGCGCAGGCGGCCGUCGCCAGGGCUCGCGCGUUCCUCGACGCGAAGCUGCCCGAGUGGAGCCGGCUCUGCUCCCGUGCCGCCAAGGAGCGCGCUGCGAAGGAGAUGCAGCGGCUGCGGCAGCAGCUGAGCGCCGGCCAGCAGCGCCUGGGUCCGCUCAAGUCGGCCUGGCAGGACUGGGAGAAGGGGGUCCGGGGGCAGAAGGCGGCGGCCGAGGCCACCAGGAGGCUCGCCAGCGCCGAGGCGGAAGCGGACAGGGCCGAGGCGGCGGUGGCACUCCUCAGGGACGGCACCCCGGCGAAGGAGGCCCUCGCGGGCGCCAUGAGCCAGCUCCGGGCCGCGGAGGAUGGAAGAAGACAGGUCGAGUCGACCAUGCGCUUCCUGGACGCCAAGGGCAGGGGCGCCGAGGGCCUGGACAUCGCGGAGCUGCCCGACUUGCAGCAGCAGGGCGCCGCGGCGAGGGAGCGCCUGCGGGGGCUGCGGGCCGCCGUCAGGCAGGCGGAGGAGCGGGACAAGGCGCGCGGCCACCUGCAGGAGGCCUCGAGCAGGGUGGCGUCCGUCACCAAGGACCUCAACGACCUCCUCGAGGCGGGCGCCACCGACGUCGGCCCCUGCGAGGCUGCGUGCGCCAGCGUCAAGACGGCGCUGAGGAUGGCGCGGACGUGCCUGCAGAUGAAGCUCGUCGAGGUCCGCCGCUUCUCCGAGGUGGUCGAGGCCGAGGCCACCGCGGAGCUGAAGGGCAUGCAGCAGGAGCUGGAGGAGCCAAGCGCGAGGCUCACGGAGCUGCUGGGCACGAUCUCGAGGCAGCGGCUGGAAGGCGUCGCAAAGGGCGCGGAGGCCUCCGUGGUGAGCGUGGAGGCGCUGGUCGCCGCCCUGCGCGAGGCGGCCUCGCUGCUGGCGGACGGCCCAGCGACGGAGGCCAUGUCCGCGGAGCAGCUGCGGCAGGCGGUCGCGCGGGUGACGGAGCGGGAGCGGGAGGCCACCCGGGCGCUGACGGAGGCGCGGAGGUUCGUGGCGUCCAAGCAGCUCGAGGCCAGGGGCCGCAUCGGCGAGGCGGAGGCGCAGGCGGAGGCGGCCGCGGUGUUCGCGCGGCUCCAGGCCAGGCUGGCGGACGGCCAGGCGGAGAUCGCCAGGCACAGGCGGCUCCCGGGCUCGAUCGACCGCCAGCUGGCGGGCCGGAAGGCGGUGGCCGAGGCCGAGGAGCGGCUAGCCGGCGCGGCGGAGAAGGUGUCCGGGGCGGCCGCCGCCGCGGCCCGGUAUCUGGAGGCCGAGGGCGCUCGCGCGGACCUCCAGAGGGAGGCGGAGAGGUCCGUGCAGGAGGCGCAGAUCGACCUGAGGACGGUCUUGCGCCUGGUCGCGGCCCUGUCGCGCUUGGAGGGGUGCUCCCGCGAGGCCAUCGCGCGGCUCGAGACCGCCGCGAGGGGCGCGCAGGAGCGGGCGGACGACCUCGGCAGCCGGGUCCGGGAGCGCGCCGAGAGCGCGCUCUGCGGGUCGCUGCUGCAGGAGAGGCGUGCCGCGGGGUGGAGUUGUGCGAGGCCGCCGCGGAGCAGGCGGCGCUGGCGGAGGUGCCCCUUGCGGCCGGCCUGGACAGCCUUCCGGCCGAGCAGGCCUCCGACGCCAUCGAGAAUCUGGAGCGGGCCGUCCAGGCCGCCCAGACCCAGCUGCUCGCCACGAGGACCCUGGUGUCCAUGAAGCGCGUCGCCACCCGGCGCUUCUCGGAGGCCGCCCGGGGAGCGGCGGCGGGGGAGCUGGACGGCCUCCAGGGCAGGACCGAGGCGGUGUCGCAGAAGCUGGCAGAGAUGCGCUCGAGGGCAGCCGAGCUGAAGAGGAGCGCCGUCCGAAAGGACCGGAGGACGCUUGCUCGCGCUGAGCGCGCGCGCGCGCCGUGCGCUCGCGCACACCAGCGGCGAUGCAGCCCGCGCUGUUUUUCUGGAAAGCGCGGGCCAUCCGCACUGGCGGGGUGCCUGCGAGGAGCGCCGCAGAAAGGGGU